AUGACACUUCCAGACGUCCUCAUCACAGGCGGCUGCGGUUUCGUCGGUGCAGCAAUCGCCAGGGCCAUCGCAGAAAAACACCCGGAAUGCAGAAUCACCAUCAUAGACAUAAACCCUCCGGGCCCAAUCCAUCAAGUACCAUCUCAGGCCAGCUUCAUCAAAGUGGAUAUUACUUCCAAGACACAAGUUGAGGAAGCUAUAAGCAAAACUCGGUCUGCUAUCGUGAUUCAUUCUGCUGGCAUUGUACCCGUUCUAGCAGAGCGGUUCGGUCGGCGGAUGCAGAGUACGGUAUGGAAGAUCAAUGUUGAAGGUACAAGGAAUAUGCUCGACGUCUCGAAGAGAAUGGGGGUCAAGGCAUUCGUUUUUACUAGUAGUUGUUGCGUGCUUAUAGAUGACAUGCGCCUAUCAUACAGAAAUGUCACUGAAGAGUGGCCCACUUCGCAGAGUUCGUUGAUUUAUGGCGAAUCAAAGGCAGCCGCAGAAGCAUUGGUUUUACAGGCCUCUUGCGCUGAGAUGCCUACCUGUUCACUUAGACCUUCGGUCCUGACGGGCCCCGGUGACUAUCAACUUUUACCAGCAAUUCAUGCAUGUAUUGCCAAAGGAGAAACUCCAUGGGUAGUCGGCGACGGCCUGAACUAUUGGGACAUUACCCUGGUCGAAAAUAUCGCCGAUGCCCAUGUACUGGCGGCUGAGAACUUAGUUUCGACAGAGAAGACUGCCGCUGGAGAGGCAUUCUUCAUUCAGAACAAUGAGCCCAUGACUUUUCGUGAUUUUUGUCUGGCAAUAUGGAGAAAUUUUGGGCAUAUCCCCCCUUUCACUGUGCAUAUCCCCAGGUCGCUUGCGUGGUUGACUGGGUUGGUGGCUGAGUGUUAUACUUGGUUUACCGGUACACCUACUACGCUUAGCAGGGGCAGUGUUAAUGAUGCAUGUCAUAUGAGAUAUGCCAGUGGUGAAAAGGCGCGACGUAUACUUGGCUAUGAAGCUAGGUUCGGCCUUGAGGAGGGUAUAAGGCUUAGCUGUGAGGAUUAUGCUCGUCGAAUAGGCAUCAAGCUACCCGAUGCACCAGGCAUUCGAAUCGGCCAAAGUAUGAACACGAAGAGGUGGUGACUAAAAUAAAACAAACAAUAUUUAACACCCAUCUGAAGU